GGUCACUCACAGACAUCGUUGACUCAUUCACAAGAACAAAGAUAUGCACAGGGUUAUGACCCAGUCUAUGUGAACAGGGCUGCACUCCUGCCUGCGUACAGACCCACUCCAGAUUAUGAUGCUAUCAUGCAGCAGCGGAUCAUCCACCAGCAUAACUUUCACCAGAACAUGCCUGCUUACAGAGACGAGCAUGGUAAUUAUGCAAAUGUGGAUGAACUACGAAAUUUUAGUCACUCCAUCUGCGCAAAUAUUUUCCAGGAAAAUGUUGGAUAUCACCAAGGCCGCGGGGUUGAACGAGGAAAUAAUCUGGCUGUGCAUCCAACGUACAGCUCUCCAGAGUUGAAUUCAAAUAUAAGUCAGCAGGAAGCAUUUGCUGCCAGUGAGUUUUCAGCACAAGAGGUGAUGGCUUAUCACUUUCGUCUGCCACCUCCGUACCCUCGUACGAGCAGCAGUACACCUGACCUUGCAGUUCAGCCGGCUUCCAACUUGAUUUCCAACCAGCCCGAUCUGGUUCUGCCGAACUUGACUGGGUCACAUGACCAGCCUGGAUUUCAUGACCUCAUUAUACAGUCAAGGUUAGACAAGAGUAUGGAAGACCUUUCAGCUUUCCAAAUAGGUCCCUCAUACUCCGCAGGAGAAAUGCAGGCUUUGUCAGAGCUGGCUCAUGACGCAAAGAAGUCUUCUUCAGUCUAUGGAAAGAAUGAGCAGGCUCAAAUGGUUGGAUCUUCUAAUGCUACAGAUGCGGGUAAUAAAAGAACUGGUGCUAGGGAAAUUAUUCAGAGCACAUCCGAUCAAGCUGGACUGUCAGAGAAUGAUGUUACUCUGACAGGUGAAAGCACAAGCAAGCUAGGAGAGGAUCUUGAUGACACCUCCAGUGAACAUUCUUACUCAACUUUCCAUGCCAAGGAAUCUGAUGACAGCUCAGACGAAGAAGGAGCCAAGUUGAAAUCUGCUCAAGCAAAGAAGGAUUCUAAUAUUCAGAUCAGGAUGUUUACUCCACAGGAGGCGCCACCUCCAUCUAAAUUCAAAGAAGAAGCUACACUACGGGAGAGCUUCCGAAGACUGAAAAUAUCACGUACUAGUUCACUGAACAAAGAGGCACCAGGUUUGAGGAGGUCAUCUCUAUGUGGCUUGAAAGAAACAGCUGAAGCACAAACAUCAAAUCCGAACCAGACUACCGGAGGUACUCAGCAGCCCCAGACUCCUCAUCCAGCACACACUUCUGCAGACCCCACAGUGGCUCCACCUGAAAUGGAAGAAAUCUUAGAGCAGCUUGGUGCUCCUCCACCUUACCCGGGAAAAUCAUCAGUCCCGGAUCUUGUGUCAGAUGUCCCUGAUAUAAGGGACACCUCUUUGACACCUACUGGGGCUCAGAACUUUAUCUCUCAGCACAAGCAGACCACGUUUAAAAGAUCCAGCUCAUUAGGGAUGACAUCUGUGAGAAAUGCCCACGUUCUUCCUUCCAGGAAAGACUUUGCAGCUUCCAGACUAAAGACAAACACAUUAAGUUUGGACACAGUUGUGCCCGUGUCCAAACCAGGCAUGAUUCUCUUCAACAAAGAUCGUGGUACCUCUGUGCUGAAGACAGAGGCGGGCAAGCCAGUACUGGGUGACCAUGAAGCAGGAAGUACCAGAAGUCUCAGCAACAAGGGUGCUGUGAGUGGAAGUGAGCCGGAGGCAAGCCACGAGGACAAGGAUGAUGCAAGUGACAACGUGAGCAGCUUGCAGGACUACUCUCUUGGAUCUGAUAGUGAUUCUGACCAUGACCAGGUAUGUUUGCAAUGCUCAGCUCACAUGGGUCCACUCAAACUGGCCGCAAUGAAUGGGCUAACAUUGUCAAGGUCUGUGGUCCUGUCGCUGAUGAACGACGACAGCAGGGCACCUACGGACGACAGGCGGAAGAUGCUUGAGAGUAAGAUCUCAGAAGGGCAGGUUUACGCAGAGUUUGAGCAGAUCCCCAGGAAGUCAGAGACGCUGGAGUGUGAGGUGGCCAAGGCCCCACAUAAUGCUUCACGUAACAGGUUCAAGGAUGUGUUGCCGUAUGACAUCACUCGGGUCAAACUAACUCCGAGGAAAGACAACCCAGAUGGGUACAUUAAUGCCUCACAUAUGAAGCUCACAGCCAAUGAUACCAAGUGGCUAUUUAUAGCAACGCAGGCUCCGUUGAACAACACUGCUGUGGAUUUCUGGCAGAUGAUUUGGGAGAACAAUGUCGAUGUAGUUGCCAUGUUGACACCGUUUGAGGAAUUGGGCAAGUCCAAAUGUUUUGUUUACUGGCCUCAGGAAAGGGGUGCACACCACAAACAGGUUUAUGGAGAGUGUAGCAUCAUACUGUGCUGUAGGAUGGAACUUUAUCUCACCUCUAAUGUGCACUACUCUUUAUUUCACCUGGAAUGGUUCCUGGACGAGAUCGAGGCUGUGGCUCGGCUGGCGGAGACCGAAGCCGGCCGUAGUGAAAAGUCGCCAGUUGUAGUUCACUGCAGCGCUGGUGUGGGGAGGACGGGUGUUGUGAUUCUAACCAUGGUGAUGAAGUGGUGUCUGGAACAUAACCAUAAUGUAGACCUGCCCAAAGCAUUGUCAGGAAUCAGAAGUCAGCGGAUGCACAUGGUUCAGACCAUGGGUCAGUACCGGUUCAUCCACGACACACUUAUCCAGUACCUAAAGAACACAAGACUCAUCUAG